AUGAACCCGCACAUCUCUGUCCCUCGUCAACAUGCUGGUCCUGUUAAAUUUGGCAACCGUGGGUCCAGCAUCCGCAUGCCACGCUUCUUCAAAAGGCUCUUCAAGUUCCCACAGAUGGACUUUGAGAUGGCUAUCUGGGAGAUGACUUCCUUAUUGAUUGCACCCAAGAAGGUCUUCAAAUCCAUAUACUAUCAUAAACAAACCAAAAACACAUGGCACCGGCCAGACCCAUCCUUCACCUAUCUCCUUUCCUUCUUCCUCCUUCUCACAGCCUUCGCCUGGGGGUUGGCAUACACCCCGUCCUUUGGUGCUAUCGUGCGCCUUUCGCUGCUCUUCGUGUUUGUGCAUUUCAUCGGAUCCUCGCUCCUGGUGUCGACCAUCGGGUAUUUCGUCAUUGGCCGAGUCUUCGGCCCCAACGGCGCCGCCGCGUCUCUAGCCGGCUUGCGCGGUUCUCGUGGUCGGCGGCGAGGUGCUGCACAGGGCUUAUUCAUGCAGCCGGGGGAGAAGGAUCACUUGGAAUUUGGAUAUUGCUUUGAUGUUUCCAACCGCGCCUUCUUUCCCCUCUACGUCCACCUUUACGUGGUGCAGUUUUUGCUCCUCCCGCUUCUUACGCGCAGCCCGAGCAACUUUCUGGCCACCUUUCUGGGCAACUCCCUCUAUCUGUCCGCCCUGAUCUACUACACCUACAUCACGUUCUUGGGAUACAAUGCUCUCCCCUUUUUGCACAAUACCGAGCUGUUACUGGCCCCCAUCCUCGUUUUUGCCAUUCUGUGGUUUGUCAGCCUAAUUGCGGGCUGGGGCAUCGUCAUGCAGGGCCACAGCGUCAAGGGCUUAUUUUGGGGCGUGUAA